UGUCCCCUCUGCUCUGCACAGGCAAAUCCUCCUCCAGCAGGCAGUAACCGAAAGGAUCUGAUUUCUUUUAUUUUUUACAAAUGAGAUUAUUUAUUUAUUUAUUUAUUCAUUUAUUUAUUUAUGACUGCAUUGGGUCUUCCUUGCUGUGCGCGGCCUUUCUCUAGUUGCGGCAAGCGGGGGUUACUCUUCGUUGUGGUGCGCGGGCUUCUCAUUGCAGUGGCUUCUCUUGUUGCCGCACAGGGUUUCUAGGGUGCGUGGGCUUCAUAGCUGUGGCACGCGGGCUCAGUAGUUGUGGCGCACGGGCUCAGUUGCUCCGCCGCAUGUGGGAUCUUCCCCGACCAGGGAUCGGACCCGUGUCCCCCGCAUUGGCAGGCAGAUUCUUAACCACUGCGGCAUCAGGGAAGUCCAGGGUCUGGCUUCUUAAAUGGAGUGGAGCUCUGAGAGGCCACAGCAAGCAAACAGCCGGACUGCACACAGGUGGCCCUUGAGCAAAAACUAACAUCGCUCAGGUUCUACUGAUAACCUCCUCCUUCGUGACAGGCACACUAGUAAUUGCGGGGCCCGCACAGCGACCUUUGUUGGAAACCCAAGGGUGUCCUUUCCCCCAAGGUCCCUGGCCUUGGGCUGCACACCGGACCCUCCCGACCGAGUCGGGGCUGCUUCCUCCGCGAGUCUCCAGGCGCCCUCUGUGUAGUCCGGGGACACCCCGCAAAGCAGACGCCCCAAACCUUCCCCGAGGCCCCUCAGACACAGCCUGCAGCGGACCCUCCCCGCGGUGCCCGGGGCUGGGCGGGCCGCACAAGGUGACGUGACGCCAUUGGCCGGCGCGGAGCGAGGGGCGGGGAGGGGCGGGCCUGACGCUCCAAGCCCCGGAGCAGUAGGCGCUGCGGAUGCAUCUCCGGUGGCUGCGAGGGAAAGGCACCAGCAGCGGCUUCUGGAGAGCGCGAUGAGUGGACGGUAACUUCCGAGUCUGCAGACAACAGCAAAAGAUGAAGGAAGAUUGUCCACCCAGUUCUCACGUGCCCAUCAGCGACAGCAAGUCCAUUCUGAAGUCGGAGCUCUUAAGCCUGCUGAAAACCUACAACUGCUACCAUGAGGGCAGAAGCUUUCAGCUGAGACACAGAGAGGAAGAAGGGGCUCUGAUCAUCGAGGGGCUCCUCAACAUCUCCUGGGGACUGAGGCGGCCCAUCCGGCUCCAGAUACAGGAUGACAGGGAGCGCGUGCACCUCUCCCCCGCCUCCUGGGCACCAGGACGCCCAAAGGAGCCACCUCUUCAGGAUGGCAGAGUCACUGCCCAGGAACCAAGCGCUCAGGCCGGACCCAGGGAGGAGAGUUCCAGAGACAGCUCAGAGCCCAUAGAGGAGGACGAGGAGACCCCACAGCUUAUGCGGACCAAGAGCGAUGCAGCCUGUGUGAUCCAGAGGCGGCCCAGGUGCCGCGCCGCCGGUGAGGCCCAGAGGAUCCGGCGACAUCGGUUCUCUAUCAACGGGCACUUUUACAACCACAAGACCUCCGUGUUUACUCCCGCCUAUGGGUCCAUGACCAACGUGAGAGUCAACAGCACCAUGACCACCCUGCAGGUGCUCACCCUGCUGCUGAACAAGUUCCGAGUGGAAAAUGGUCCCAGUGAGUUUGCACUCUACAUCGUUCACGAGUCUGGGGAGAGGACAAAAUUAAAAGACUCUGAGUACCCGCUGAUUUCCAGAAUCCUGCACGGGCCCUGUGAGAAGAUCGCCAGGAUAUUCCUGAUGGAAGCUGACUUGGGCGAGGAAGUCCCCCACGAUGUCGCUCAGUACAUUAAGUUUGAAAUGCCGGUGCUGGACAGUUUUGUUGAAAAAUUAAAAGAAGAGGAGGAAAGAGAAAUAAUCAAACUGACCAUGAAGUUCCAAGCCCUGCGUCUGACGAUGCUACAGCGCCUGGAGCAGCUGGUGGAGGCCAAGUAGCCCCCCAGCACCUGCCUCUUCCGAAGCCCCCAGCAGCCAGUGCACUCUGAGCACUGGUGGCCGGGCCCUGAUUGAUUGUCACACAGAUUGGUCACACUGGCUGAGGAAUCCAGCACCCGUGUUUCUACCUGUCCACCUGCCUAGGUAGCAUGAGUCCCGUGUCCCUGGGUCUUGGCUCCAAGGUGAGCACUCACAGUGCCCAGACCUAAGCCUGAGGAGCCAGGAACUCGCUGGGUGGGGUGUGCGUGUGAGACUGGCCUGGGCCGUGCGCAGCCCUGAAGCUGUGACAUGGGCCACUUAUGUAGCUGGAUAGCAUGGCCAGUCCUGUUCACUCCACACGUCUCCUGCUCUCCCAGUGCCCAGCCCAGGACCACAAGCCCUUAUCCUCAUCAAACUCAUGAACCACUAGAGCCCCGUCUGCCCUCGUCUCAUGCUGUCACUCAGAAACUCCGCUGGGUAAAGCAAGGGCUGCCAUCGGGUAUGGGAUGAGCGAUGCUCCCAGCCCUCACUUCACCAUGGCGUCCCUGGCCCUCAAGCCUCUGAUGUCACUCCAUGAGCCUCACAUAGCCCUGUGCCCCGGCAGCAGAGGUCAGACUGCGAGUAAGACCACCAGCAGCCCAUCUUCUCUCUGCAACACUCACUCUGAGCUUCUUCAGCAAGACCUGAAGGGAUUCUUGUAAGGAGCUCGCUGCAAGAAACAUGUCAAUUUGAUCACACUGAGGAGGUGACCCGCGUGGCAUUGAAAGGAUGCUGCCAGGGUGCGUGCGAGUCCAGGAGCUGUCCAGGGACUGCCGGCAGUGGCUUGGGAAGGCCGCGCUCUGCCCCGUUGCUGCUCUCCUCGGACACCUGUGUGCCUCCUGCCCUCUCUGGGUGUGCAUUCCUCCCCUCUCAAUACUUCCCAUCAAAGGGCCACCAAGGGAAAAAUGUCUGUUUGAGGAGAAAGGGCUUUGAAUUCCCUGGGGCCAGAUGCAGAACAAUUCGGGUUUGUCAGCUGAUGGAAAACUUCUGGGAUGAACAAGAAGACAUUUGCAAAAAUUGUGUAACAGUUUACAUUGGUCAUGUGAGGUGUUUGUCCAAAACAGAGCAAACUGGAGACCAAAUUCUCCCACUGGGGCCCACGGAUAGUGGAUUUAAAAGGAAAAACUAUAAAGUCUCCCAAAUAUAGAAAUUCAAUAUGAGGGAGAUUCCCCCGGUGCCUUGCGCAGCACCCAUAAAGAACAGAGCCUGGGAGCAGCCGUGCUAAUGGAACCCACUCUUCAGGGUGAACUUCACAACAGGAUUGCCCCGACCUGGCGCCAUCUGCACAGAGGCAGGCGCAGAGAUGCCCAGGGGAGAUCCGCUGUAGUUUCUGCUGUCUCUGCUCGCCUUUGGCAGCAUAGUUCCCUGGGUACUCAAUACAGGUGUGCUGUAUUGAACUGAAGGAGUUAGGUUCAAGCUUUUUUGUUUUGCUUGUGUGUGUCCACCCUGACGCUCUGCUCUAACCUCUGACACUCUUGUCCCACAGUACGCGUGGCCAAGUUUGGCAGAAGAGCCAAAGCUGAGCCAAAGCUGAGCCACAGCCCACGGCUCAUGACACUGACAUGACUCCUUCCUUUCCGUGCACAUUCUUGGGGCUGGUGUGGGGCCUGAGGACAGAGGCAGCUGCAGGGCACAGAGGAGGAGUCAUUGGUGGGGGUCUGUGGACAGCCUGGACAACAAGCAUAAGGGUCACCCCGAAUCGCAGAGUCCCAGCAUCAGGAAGACCUCGGGAGUCUUGCAGGGCUGGGGGCGGGGCAUGGUGACAGGGUCUAGGAGAGGGUAGAGAACGACUCAAACAGGGCUCCUCAGUGAAAUAGUGAAAUAGCUCCCAGACCGUAUUUAUAAGCUCAGGUCAAGGACAACUGUUGUCCAUUGUUCAGCAGUAAUGGAGGACCGCCUUGUGCCAGACCUGUUUUCAGCCCUAGAGGGACAAAGACAGAGCCAUGCUGUGCCCUGUGUUCAGGGGUCUCAGACAAGAUCUGGGAGAAGCAGGCCAUACACCCUGGAUGGUCAGGGGACCAGCAGGGCAGAGAGAUGGUGAAGGUCCCUGGAAGGAGGCCCAAGGCUGAGCCCGACUUGCCUAAGAGAGUGUGUGUGACAUUCUAGCCUGAAGAGGCCUGCCAGCCCUGGAGCAGACAGGGCUUGGCAUGUGGGAAGCCACCAGAUGAAGAAACCCUCUGUAAACAUCCCCAGUUUUGCUUUUGGGGUUUUUUGUUUUGUUUCAUUUUCUUUCAGUUGUUACAAUAUUACUUCAUUUAAGGCCUGUCUUGAUACGUGUCACUUGUGAAAUAGAAUUAUCAAAACUAAUUUCUGAAUAACAUAGCUAAGAAAUCACUAACAAGUUGUACAAAAAGGGGAAAAUG